GAUGUGAAUCCUCAUUUGGAUCUGUAUAACUAUCAGUUCCGGGUCCAUGUGGAUGCAAUCCGAGUCCGACCCGGUAACGUUCCUGCUCAUAGCGUCGCCGGUCUUUGGUGUGGACUGAAAUCCAGACAGACAUCGGUUGGUCGACCGCAUCGAGGGAGAAGGGAGUAUGGGCGGCGGCGGAGGGCACGGUGAGAGCACGACGUACAAGGGCUUCACCAUCCACCACCCCAAGCGGUGGCACGUCGUGACCGGGAAGGGCCUCUGCGCCAUCAUGUGGUUUUGGGUACUUUACAGGGCUAAGCAAGAUGGUCCAGUAGUAUUGGGUUGGCAUCAUCCUUGGGAAGGACAUGGUGACCACUCUCAUGACCAUGGGCAUGAACAUGAGGCGUCUCACUAGGGUCCUCAUUGAGGCUACAGAGGGAGUCCAGCUUGUUUCACUGGAGUGCUUGCCGAAUAAAGUUGGGUGUGAGAUAUGGAUCUGAGAUAAAGAUGGUCGUCUUUGUCUCCUGUUUACUGACAACUCAUUUCAUUUGAUUUUAUUAUCUUCUUUAUAUGUGACAGGUUGAUUCUGAUAUAUUAAAUGAGUUUGACAACUCAUUUAAAGAGUCAUCCCUUCUUGUGGCAAAAGGAAGCAAUGGCCAUUCCCCAAAGUUAAAGUGAGCAUCCAUUGCCAUACACUAGGAACCGCUCGUUUAAAGAGUCAGAAUAAUUGGAUCACUUUAUUAUUGUGGUGAGCUCUCACUAUCAUCUAUGUCUGCCUAACUUUUUGGCUUUGCCAAACAAUCAUCACAUGUUUUGUCGCUA